CCCCGAACGCCCUGCUGGCUCGCCGCGGGCCGGACCCGAGGACGCGCGUCUGCGACCCGCCUCCCGGCCGGAGCGCCCCCAGGCUUGCUUGUGCCAGAGCUUCUGGUCGGCCCUUAGAGUCGGGGCCGCGCGGGUGACGGGUCUGCCAAGCUCUGGCGGACACCCUCUUCCCUCUCCUCCCCCUCACCGUGCGCGCCCACCCCCGGACCGUGGCAGAAAGAAAUCAGUUUUGGGGUUCUUCUUUGCCGCCCUUUUCGGCUCUCGUCCUCUGUUCUGCCAGAAACUUCCAUUUGGCCUCAAUGUGAAAUCAGAGUAGAAGAUUCCGUCCGCGUGUAUGUCGCUGCGGGAGCCCUGGGUCAUGUCUGAAGAGGGAGGCCGUGCUCCCGACAGCUGAGUGCCAGCCCGGCCGAAAUCCAUGCUGCCCCUCGAGGUGCAGCGUCUCCCCGCCUCCCCGGAGUGACGAGCCCCACGCAGCCGCACGCAGCCGCCGCAGAGCGUGCCGUGCGCCCUAAGAAUGUCGGCUACCUAGACUCAUGCGCCCUGACUGUCCACUUGUGGAUGCUCUGCCAUCUGAAAGCUCCUCACGUCCUUCCCGGGGCCCUGUGUGUGCUGCUGAGAUGUCUCUGCUUCAUGCCUUGGGCCCCGUGCAGACCUGGCUGGGACAAGAGCUCGAGAAAUGUGGCAUCGAUGCCAUGAUCUACACACGCUACGUCCUCAGCCUGCUGCUGCACGACGGCUGCGACUACGACCUACAGGAACAGGAGAAUGACAUCUUCCGGGGCUGGGAAAAAGGAGCUUGUAAGAAGUGGGGGAAGAGUAAGAAGAGGUGCCCCGAUCUGACUCUGGAGGAGAGGAAGAAGCAGGCUGCUGUGCAGUGUCUCCGCUCGGCCUCGGAUGAAAGCUCUGGGAUCGAGACGUUGGUGGAGGAGCUGUGCUCCAGGCUGAAAGACCUACAGAGCAAGCAAGAAGAGAAGAUUCACAAAAAAUUGGAGGGGUCUCCCUCCCCAGAGGCGGAAUUGUCCCCCCCAGCAAAGGAUCAAGUGGAAAUGUACUAUGAAGCCUUUCCGCCACUUUCUGAGAAGCCGGUCUGCCUGCAGGAAGUCAUGACUGUGUGGAACAAGUCCAAAGUCUGUUCUUACUCUAGCUCCUCUUCGUCGUCCACAGCGCCCCCGGCCAGCACAGGCCCGUCGUCUCCCAAGGACUGCCACAGUGAGAGCGAGGCUGUCCAGGAGAGAGGCAGCAGAGCGCCCUGCGCUGCGCGGGAAGGAACCCGGAGAAGCCGACUCGAGGAAGAGCUCAAGCUCGGGAACGGCACCACGCAAGAAAAGCCGGCCUUGUACAAGAAGCAGAUCCGACAGAAGCCCCAGGGGAAGGCUAGGCCUCGCUCAUGGUCCUCCGGCUCCAGUGAGGCAGGCUCCAGCUCCAGCGGGAACCAGGCAGAACUGCGAGCGUCCCUGAAGUACGUGAAAGCGAGACACAAGGCUCGGGAAGUCCGAAGCAAGAAAGGCCGCAGCGGCCCGGGCAGGCUGUCCCUGAAGCAGGGCGAGAAGGGGGGCAGGAGCAGCCAGGCUGGGAGCAGACAGCUCUGCAGGCGGGGCAGGCGGGCCCUGCGGGAAGCCGGGAGGAGAGAGCCUGGGAGCCAAGGGCCCGACGCGUGCGUGGAGAGCGGGAACGACAGAGAGUACAAGGAGGAGCCGCUGUGGUACACCGAGCCCAUCGCCGAGUACUUCAUUCCUUUGAGCAGGAGAAGCAAACUGGAGACCACGUACCGGCACAGGCCGGAGACGAGCGAGCUGACGGCCGGGGCGGUGGAGGAGCUGUCGGAGGCCGUGCAUGGGCUCUGUAUCAGCAACAAUAAUAUUCCUAAAACAUACCUCGCAGCAGGCACUUUCAUUGAUGGCCAUUUUGUGGAAAUGCCUGCGGUUAUAAAUGAGGACAGUGACCUCACUGGGACGUCGUUCUGUUCUCUGCCGGAGGACAGCGAAUACCUGGAUGAUAUUCAUCUCUCAGAAUUAACACACUUCUAUGAAGUGGAUAUUGACCAAUCCAUGUUGGAUCCUGGUGCCUCAGAAACCAUGCAAGGAGAAAGUCGGAUUUUGAAUAUGAUUCGACAAAAAAGCAAAGAGAAUACAAAUUUUGAGGCAGAAUGUUGCAUAGUGUUAGAUGGCAUGGAGUUGCAAGGGGAACGUGCAAUAUGGACAGACUCGACCAGCUCCGUGGGUGCCGAGGGCCUGCUCCUGCAGGACCUCGGCAACCUGGCUCAGUUUUGGGAGUGCUGCUCCUCCAGCUCGGGUGAUGCCGACGGAGAGAGUUUUGGGGGAGAGUCCCCAGUUAGACUGUCGCCCAUCUUGGACGGCACGAUGUUCAGUUCACACUUGCUCGCUGGCAAUCAAGAGCUCUUUCCGGAGAUGGAUGAAGGACCUGGCGGUGUGAACUCUGCUCUGUCAGUGUUUGAAGUGCAAUGCAGUAACUCUGUUCUCCCGUUUUCUUUUGAAACACUCAACUUGGGAAAUGAAAAUACAGAUUCUAGUGCUAACAUGCUUGGGAAGACACAAUCUAGACUGCUCAUCUGGACCAAAAAUAGUGCCUUUGAAGAAAGCGAACACUGUUCUAAUCUUUCAACAAGAACUUGUAGUCCGUGGUCCCAUUCGGAAGAAACACGUUCAGACAACGAGACGCUAAACAUUCAGCUUGAAGAAUGCACACAGUUUAAUGCAGAGGAUAUUAAUUAUGUCGUUCCUGGAGUCUCGGCAAAUUAUGUAGACGAAGAACUGCUAGAUUUUUUGCAAGACGAAGCUUGUCAGCAAAACAGAACUUUAGGAGAAAUUCCUACAUUAGUUUUCAAGAAAAAAUCUAAACUAGAAUCUGUGUGUGGUAUUCCACUAGAACAAAAACCAGACAACAAAAACUUUGAAACUCCGCAAGUAGGGAGUGAGAGUGGCCCACGUGGAGAUGGCUACAGCUCAGGGGUUAUUAAGGACAUUUGGGCAAAGGUGGCUGGUGGGAGCUCUUUGGCCACAGUGGAACUAGAAGGGGUUGACGAUGCGUUGUUUUCAGCAGAUGUGGAUAGCUGCUGCUGCUGCUUGGGCCGUGAGGCCGAGGUGGAGGCCCUGGAGCAGCCCCGCAGGGCCGUGCAGAGGUCGGAGUACCACCUUUGGGAGGGACAGGGGGAGGACCCCGAGAAAAGAGUGUUUGUUCCUAGGGAGCUGUCCAAGGUGGGCGGGGGGGAUUACACCACCCCCUCCAAGCCCUGGGCUGGCGCUCAGGACAGAGAGAGCGCGUUCAUUCUCGGGGGAGUCUAUGGAGAACUCAAAACCUUCGGCAGCGAUGGGGAGUGGGCUGUGCUCCCGCCCGGCCACGCAAGAGGAAGCUUGUUGCAGUGUGCGGCUUCCGACGUCGUCACCAUCGCAGGCACAGAUGUCUUCAUGACGCCCGGAAACAGCUUCGCUCCCGGCCACAGACAGCUGUGGAAGCCCCUCGUGUCGUUGGAACAGGACGACCAGCCGAAGAGUGGAGAGAAUGGAUUGAACAAGGGAUUUUCUUUUAUCUUCCGUGAAGACUUAUUAGGAGCUUGCAGUAACUUUCAAGUUGAAGAGCCCGGACUCGAGUAUUCAUUCUCUUCCUUUGACUUCAGCAAUCCGUUUUCACAAGUUCUGCACGUGGAAUGUUCGUUGGAACCCGAGGGCAUUGCAUCUUUGAGCCCCAGCUUCAAGCCCAAGUCCAUCCUCUGCUCCGAGUCAGACAGCGAGGCCUUUCACCCUCGGAUCUGCGGGGUUGACAGGACGCAGUACAGGGCCAUUCGCAUCUCUCCUCGGACUCACUUCCGCCCCAUCUCUGCAUCAGAGCUGUCCCCGGCAGGAGGAAGUGAGUCCGAGUUUGAGUCUGAGAAAGACGAAACGAACAUCGCCAUCCCAUCUCAAGUUGAUGUGUUUGAGGAUCCGCAGGCAGACCUCAGGCCUCUGGAAGAAGAUGCAGAGAAGGAAGGCCACUACUACGGGAAGUCGGAGCUCGAGUCUGGAAAAUUCCUCCCUCGGUUAAAGAAGUCUGGGAUGGAGAAGAGUGCUCAGACCUCCCUCGAUUCCCAGGAGGAGGCGGCAGGCCUGCUGGGAGCCAAGCCAGAUCCGUGCUUGGGGUGCAGCAAGAGCAAAUCUCUGGAGACUGAUCUGGAGAGCUCGGAAGCAAACUGCAAAAUAAUGACACAGUGCGAAGAAGAAGUGAGUCACUUGUGCAGUUGCAGGGCAGGUUGCCAGUUCCCUGCUUACGAAGAUAAUCCAAUCUCUUCAGGACACCUGCGAGAGUUUCCACUGUUGAAUACUGAUGUACAAGGAGUGAGUAGAAGCCAAGAAAAGCAGAGCUGGUGGGAGAAAGCCUUGGACUCCCCCCUUUUCCCUGCAUCGGACUGUGAAGAAUGUUAUACAAAUGCCAAGGGAGAGAAUGGUAUAGAAGAAUAUCCAGACGUUAAAGAAAUACCCAGUAAUGAAGAGCGUCUGUUAGAUUUUAAUAGGGUGUCUUCUGUUUAUGAAGCUCGGUGCACGGCGGACCGGGACCCCGGCGCGCCCUCGGGUGGCUCCGCGGGCAGCGGCGGCGCGGCGGACGCGGGCUCGGAUGGCGGCUGGGUGGAGCCCCGCGCCCAGGGGAUCUUCUCGCGCACGCAUCUCUAAGCUGGGCGCAGAGCGGCGCGCGACGGGAAGGUACCCUCGGGAGGCCUGUGGAUCCAAGACACCUAGGGUUCUUCAAUUAACUGACUCCGAUCAGUACUUCUCUCCUCUUGCUUAUAUUAGAGUUGAGGACAGCUAUCCUGUUGACGAUUUUUUUUCCAAGCUGUUAACUUCUUGGCUAUUUGAAAUAGACUAGAUCGUGUUGUCAAACCAAGAAUGGGUGUGCAUGUGCUUGUCUUAGAAGUUCCACUGCUUUCUGCCUCUUCACUGCAGUCACAUCGCUGUCACCUUAGAGCAUUGCAGUGUCCGCAGCCGCUUCUGUCGCGCGGAGCCUGGCCUCGGCCAGCCUGGGGUUCUGGGACCUCGGGUCCGCAGUCCGUCCCUGCAGCCGGGCCAGUGCCUCCUGCCGGCGGGGAGGGCAGAGGGGGCUCGCAGCACUGGAGGAAGGAGUGUUCUCCGGGCUUUUCCCUUCCCAGACAUCCUGGGAGAUUCUGUGGUUCGUGACUUUUUUUUGCUGACCGACGGAGUUAGGGAUUGGCAGUUGAGUCUCAGUGGGUGAGACACACAGCCCUCCCCAGCCUUCUGCUGUUCCAUGUACACCAGAAUCCACCACAAGGCCCCUUCAGUCGUAAAUUAUUUUCUCAUCAAUCAUUUUCAAUUGAAGCCCCCAAAACUUGAAGCAUAAACAUUUGACGUGCAGAAGAGCCCUUCUCAGCCGGAGGGGCCUUUGCUUGCUGCAGCCGGCCACACUGUGGCUGGCAUGUAGGUGAGCUUCUGGCUCAUCUUGGUUAGAGAGUGCCCUGGUGGGCUGGGGCAGGGAGAGAACACUGCCUGUGCCUGUGCAGCAGCUGUGACCACCGCAUCUGUGGCUCGCCUCCAGCCUUGCCUGGUGUGCCCAGGGCUCAGGACGUCUGGUGAGAGGCGGGCUGUGUCCAAGCCCGAUGGUGACCUCCAGCUGUCAGCAUACUGUGCCACAGGCUGAAGCUGGGAGAGGCAAGGUCUGAGAAACCUAAAGGUUUUGAGUUGUUUUUGGUUUUUUGACCAACUCAUUUUUAAACAUGCCUGACAUCAGUUCAGCAUGUCUGUGACCUCGGAGUGCCAGGGAGCCUGCUGUGGGCCGGCCGGCUUCCCUGCUGCCAGGGUGCGCAGUGACCAGACAGGUGGCUUGCUGGCUGGGAGCUGAACUGACUGCGACGCAGGAUUUGCUUUGAGCCUCUGGGUUUGUUGCCUUUUCCUUAAUCCCGAGAGAGGCGCCCCGGGGCUGGGGAGCCCGGGAGGGCACGGGUCCUCACUGGGACUCGUGCGUUAGGGUUACUUCUAUACAGCACAUCUUUUGACACUUUAAAGUGGGUGUGUGCGCUCAUGUGCGUGUGUGGGGGUGUGUGUGCGCAUGUGUAAGGUUUUAUGUUGCUGUUAUUUAUUUAUGGACUUCAGAUAAGUGUUUAAGUAUUCUUUCUUCUGGAGCUUCCUCAAAUUUGAUUAGCAUCUGCACUGAAUUCUUCCUAAACAGCAAAGGCAAAAAUGAUUAGAAGUUGUAAAUCCCCAAAGUUACAGCGGUGGCGAUCAUCCCGGGGCCACCCGUUGCUCCUGCAGCCGAGCCAGGCCAAUCCUGGGGAGCAGACUCCCGUGCCGUGGGGACAGGCUUGCAGAGGGAAGAGGGAGCCCCCACUGUGUGUGUGUUCACGGCUCGGCAGUCAGAGUGUAGGCUCUCGGCUGCGGAGCUGAGCGUGGUUUUGGUUUUGUGAAUGGAUGAUCACCAAGAAAAAACAUUACAAAAAAAUUGGCAAACGCUGAGACGCACUGUGGCAUGAAGCGUGUUGCAUUUCCGUAGCACUGAAGCUUCAGUCUGCUUUUCCGGACUGAGAGUUUCCCCGUGGUUGUAUUGUUCUGAUUUUCACUGACACCAGAGGAACGGAGGUUUUUUUUUUGUUUGUUUUCUUGUGGAGUUAACACCAAAUAAAAAAUGGAAAGAAAAAAAAAAAGAAAAAACCAGUUUGCUGUUUUUCUUUAUUACAACAAAGAUUCUUCUGGAACAGCCAGCUGCCUGUGAGUUGGUAGCAGGUGAGAGGACUGACUCCACCCUGCCAAGUGACCUUGCCAGGGCGACCCUGCUUCUGUGGCAAGGGCCACCCUUCCCAGCCCCAACACGCAAAGCUACUCUAAGUCUCUCAUAAAAGCACAGGGGUGGGGUGGGUGGUGGGCAGUGCCAUGGUUUAGGUGGGUUAGACUUCUGCCUGCAGUGCU